AUGCUUCUCGCAGCAUUGUUUACCGUAUACCUUGUAAGUUGUUCGCAGGAACAGAAGGGUCCACCAAAGCCGAAGGCACGUCCGACAGUAUCGGCUGACACGACGCAAACAACCAAAUCAAAAAUUGACAUCCACAAAGCUGUGGCUGUUAUUGAGACAGCCAAAGGAGCAAUUGAGGUCGAGUUUUUUGCGGACGUUGCACCCAAAACCGUGGAAAACUUUCUAAAGAAUGCACGGUUGGAAUAUUAUAAUCAUGGGAAAUUCCAUCGCGUUGAGCCCGGAAAACUGAUUCAAGCCGGGUCGCGUUUUCCCAUUGAGGACACGAUAGCGAUUGAGACAAGUGAACGCGCACCGGUGAGAGGAAUCCUCGCUAUGGCAAAGGAAGAGGGAGCGACUGUCGCAGAUGCCACCCAAUUCUUCAUCUGCCUCGACACGAUUAUUUUAGACAGCGACUACACCCUGUUUGGGCAGGUUACGAAAGGGCUGGAUGUGAUCGACAGCAUCGCGGUGGGCGACCAGAUCUUGACCAUCAAGAUUCGUGAAAAAACCCGUCCGAGUCCGGUCUGGCAAGAGACUUAUGUUCGCGUUAAAAAAGGACAACGCAUGGUCAUUGAUGCACAAGGCGCAUGGUCGCCUGACACACAGAAUCGCAUCUGCUGGUGUGGUGCCGAUGGCAUCGCCAAUCUACCCGCUGAAGAGGGUUUCCUGAUGCCCGGUGCCAACGUCGGCGCAUUAAUCGCAAAAAUUGAUGAUAUGGUGUUUGCGGUUGGGUCACGGUACGACAACGCCGCGCCGGCUGAGGGCGUAAUCUUUCUCGCCAUGAAUGAAAAUCCGGAACACAACAAUCAAGCCGGAUCACUGCCUGCACAAAUCAUUAUCUUCGACGAAUAA